AUGGCGGACCAAAUUUCCAGGGCUGUCUCGAACGGCUCUGUGUCGGGGAAGCAGGACGUCCAGAAACUCGAAAAUGCCCCUGGCUCGACCACCAACGACGCAGGCCACCUGAACGUCGCCCACAUGACUCCAGAGCACAGGGCCCGGGUCGAGAAGAGCCUCAAGCGGAAGCUCGACCUUCGGUGCUCGCUCUUCGUCGCCAUCUACAUCAUGAACUACCUGGACCGCAACAACAUUGCCGCGGCGCGUCUCAAGGGUCUGCAGGAUGAUCUGCACCUCGAUAAUACCCAGUACUCGACAUGCCUGAGUAUUCUAUACGUCGGCUAUAUUCUCAUGCAGAUCCCUUCCAACAUGCUCAUCAACGGCCUCGAGCGACCUUCCCUGUAUCUCAGCAUCGUCAUGCUGGUUUGGGGUCUCAUCUCCACCUUGAGUGGAGUCGUACACGACUUCAAGGGCAUGGUGGUGACGCGGUUCUUCCUGGGUUUCGUCGAGGCGGCUUUCUUGCCUGGUGUGCUGCUGAUCUUGUCCAAGUGGUACACGAGGAGCGAGCUGACCCUGAGGAACGCUAUCCUCUUCUGCGGAAACCUCAUCUCGAAUGCCUUCUCGGCCCUCGUCGGAGCGGGUGUGCUCUCAAACAUGCAGGGCACCUUAGGCCACGCUGCCUGGAGGUGGCUGUUCUGGAUCGAGGGUGGAGUGACCAUGGGUAUCGCCAUUGCCGCCAUAUUCGUCCUGCCUGACUUGCCUCACAACACGCGUGGUUUCACCGAGGAGGAGCGCCAGGUCGCGCAGCUGCGGAUGAUCGAGGAUGUGGGCGAGGCCGACACCGACUCAAAGGACCAAGGCGUGACAGAUGGACUGGUCAUGGCAAUGAAGGACAUCAAGGUGUGGUUGAUGAUGAUCACAUUGUGUGCUUAUGUCGUCGGACUGUCGUUCAACGCCUUCUUCCCAACACUCACUGGUACCCUUGGCUUCGGUUACGUCCCGACGCUCUUGAUGAGCAGCCCUCCUUGGUUGUUCUCUUGCAUCGUUUCCUUAAUCAACGCUCUUCACUCGGAUCGUACCGGAGAAAAGUUCUGGCAUAUUGUGGGCCCCAUUGUUGGAGGCCUGGUCGGCUUCAUCAUCUCGAUGUCCACUCUCAACGUUGCUGCCCGCUACGUUGCUCUUUUCCUCCAGGCAAGCUCAUAUGCGGGGUUCAUCGUCUUCUACUCGUGGAUCUCGUCAUCGUUCCCUCGACCUCCCGCCAAGCGUGCAGUUGCUCUGGCCGCCAUCAACGCCUUUUCCCAGCUGGGCAAUAUUGCCGGCUCCUACGUCUGGGAUUUGUCCGAGAAUGGGUACCGCAAGUCCUACGGCAUCGUCACUGCCAUGUUCGGUGUCACGGUUCUCGGCUGCUGGGUGUUCAGACUCACGCUCACCCGACUCAACAAGAAACUCGAGCAGGGCGAACUUGUCGACUGGGACACGAGAGAAGAUGUUGCCAACCAGACGGCACAGAUCGAGGGCGCCACUGUGAACGAGGCGCUCAACAUGAGGAAGGGCUUCCGAUACCUCGUAUAA